UUUGAGCUCUCCUGGUGGCUGACCGCAGACCUUGGGCUGCGAACACGCCACUAGGCCAGCUCCGAUGGUAGCGUGAACGCGGCAGCGGAUGGCGGCAAACAACUCGAUUGAGUCAGGAGGGAAGGCCAAGUCAUCAUUGCCAAGGCUGACCGCGCAGUCCGUCGAGUCUGUGUGAACUCAGUGGCCUCCAGAGCCAACGGAAGGGCCUGGGGUAGCGUCGAAGGCGCGAUGCCGACGAUGCCGCGUCAUGCAACUGUCGUAACCCAAGACAUAAAGUAUGGGAGGCACACUUUUUGCGGCGAGCCACGCGAAACGGCAUGGAGUGGGCGAUCGAUCCAAGGUCGAGUGGCGUGCUGCACGUCGCUUUGGUCGCCGCCAGCGUGACCGAAACAACCGUCCGUGGCAUCGUCGCCUCUCUUACUGCCAUCCCACGCCGGCAUUCGACUGUCUGCGUGCAUGUGACUCAUCCCGGCACGGCGUACUCUACGUUGGAACUUGCCGAGCUCGUCCGCGCCUUGAGUGACUGCUUUGAACAUUGCCCGUGCCUCGAAUGGAGCCUCGUCGGGGUCCAAAGCGCCCCUGCCCUAGAGUCCUUGGCAACUUUAUGGCGAGAUGCGUGGUGCACCGCAACACCACGCCCUCGACGCAUCCGACUGCACGUCGAUGGCCAUCAUGCCACCGCCAUGGCCGGGCUGCACGUGCUGGAGCCGUAUUUGACUGGUAUACACGUUCGAGCCAAGCGAGUCGCUCCAAAUCUUGUGACGAUGCUCGGGACGUUCACCAUGUUGACGGCCAUUAGCCUCGACAAGAUGCUGUCAUCGUGGUCUCGACAUCUCCUGGCAACAUUCUUGGCCAUGCUUGCGCCCAUGCAUGCCACACGACAUGCCAUGCUCCCCCACUUGACGGCCCUGUCACUGUGCGACAACUCGUUCGAUUCGACGGACGUCAUUGCGAUUGCGUCGACCGUGAGAUACCAUCGCACGCUGACCGAUUUGUCGCUGGCGUACUCGCUGCCCCCGAUGACGGUGGAAAUGGGUGCGUGGCUGGUGGCAGGUCUGUUUCAGUCGCCGUACUCUCGAUUGCAAUCGCUGAACGUGUCUGGCAUGCGCAUUGGGUUGGUGGAAGCGCACGCGAUGGCCAACUCGAACCACUUGGUGCGUCGGUGCACAGCGGACAACGACUGCGCCGCCGAGCCAGUGCCACCGGGCUUGUAUGCCAUCUCGGCCACCGUCACGCGGCGAGAGGACGACGGGUGGCACGUGUCUCCCGGCAUGUCCGUUGUAGAAGUCAUCACGUCGAACGCGGCGCAAGUGGCAGUGUCAGUGCCUACGCAAGGCGGCAUGGCAUGGAUCGAUCGGGCGUUGUUGGUGCACCGCCAUGAUGUCGAAGGGAGCGGGGGCUUGAUGGCGUUGGUCAUGGACGACUUGGUAUCGGCAGACCCGGUGCUCGUCCACGUCCUUGCAUGCGUCCCAGCACGGCAUCGCCUGGAGCGCUUGCGCACACGGCGGUACACCCUGACAACCGACGAGCUGCGCGAGGUGUUGGUCCAAUGUCCGGCGCUGCGCGAGCUCGACAUCAAAGCGUGCCGACUCGCAGACGCGUCGCCGUUCGUUCAAACGUGGUGUUCUCCGCCGCAGAGUCGUCUCGUGCGGCUAAACUUGUCCAAGAACCCCGUGGGGGCGGUCGGGGCCGCCGCUAUAUUUCGCGCCUUGCGCUGGACGAACCUCCAAGCCCUCGACAUGUCAAACUGUCACAUGGGCGAGUCGACUCUCGCGGCACUCGACCACGCUUUACAGGUACAACACCCGCGGCCCCACUGAAAACACGUCACAGCGUAGCGGCUCAGAACAACGCCCAGCUCCAAGAGAUCGUGUUGGAUGCGACCGAGGCGGUGGACCAGCUGGCCAAAGCACACCAUGGCCGGCCACUGCAUACGUUGCCCCUGCCCGCGGAUGUCAAAGCUGCAUUUUGCCAAGCGCUGUUCCGAAUGCACCAGCGCGCGGCGCUGGAUCCGUCGAUCGUGCGCGCCAUUUUCCAAAUGGCUGCACCCGUUGUGCAUCGCCGCAUUGUCCCGACCCCGUCACACGACAGACACCAAAGCAACUUGUACCGGCGAGUGGGUUGGCAAGUCAUGUGCUACGACGGCUGUGCCCCAGCACUCUCUACCACGAUGUGACGUGAUUCAUGUUGGGGAUGCAAAGCGGUGCAGACGCCGCCUCGUUCGAUCCAGUGGCUCAAUUCGUCGCGACAAGAAAGGCGUGGUUUGGUGUGCGGUGUUUGUAGAGAGGUGGCUCGCCCAGCAUAAAGCAACGGGUGAUGGUGGAUUUGUCGUUGAAGCAUGGCCGCCACACGAAAUGGCGAGAAGGGGGUCAGAAAAGCUAAAUUCAGACAAUGCACAACCUUUUGUACUUGGGGUCGACACCAUCGACGGGCCACAGCUCUUCAUAUCGAGCAUAUCUGCAUCGAUAGAUCGCAAAAUAUGCGUGGAAUGUCCGUGAUGCCGUCCAAGAUGUCAUGGCCAGGGGAUCAGGUGCUGUAGUGUUGGCAUGUGCAUCGAUUGAAUCCUGUGGCCUUCUCCAUCCUUGUGAAUCACGUUUGUGUCGUCGGUGUGGGAGAUCGUGGCCAUUCGUUUUGUCGUCGACAGUGUGUACACGACGCUAGCGGGCUUCCUCUUCGGCGCGUCCACGAUGUGUUCAAGCGCUUUUCUUGCCCCCAUGCCACAAUUUUCUUCAUGCUUUUGACACAGUCCGUCGACAUCGGUACAUCGUUGAACAGGGUCCAGCUGCUGCGGCGCUGCGUCGUCGACUGCAGUGAUCGCUGCAUUGAAGCGCCGUUGAACAUCGCUCCGAAACCGCUCGUCCCCCCACCGCUCGCUAACGUGGCGCCGGUUCGAGUUGCCUUGCCACCGACACAACUUAAGGCAUCCCAUUGUGCCGGGCGAACAUGCUGCGUCUGCACUGUCUGACCUGAAGUCAUCGCAGCGGCAGGCUGACCCCCCCCCUGGCGCUUUCAAGCAGUUCGGGGACAGAAAACGCCAUUGCCGCCAUGUUUGCUUCGACAACGCCUUGUCCGUUUCGAUGAAGUGCAAAACGGGCGGUGGCCCCGUCGGAUUGGGGAGUAAGUUUGGAACGAAUCUUGUGAAC